CGCCCGUCUCGGCCGCGGCGCCGCCCGAAGGAGCGAUGUCGAACGGCGUGUACGUGCCGCCCGGCGCCGCCAACGGCGAGGUGAAGCCGGUGGUGUCGGGCACGCCGCUGGUGGACUUCCUGCUGCAGCUGGAGGACUACACCCCCACGAUCCCGGACGCCGUCACGGGCUAUUACCUGAACAGAGCGGGCUUCGAGGCCUCCGACCCGCGCAUCAUCCGCCUGAUCUCGUUGGCCGCGCAGAAAUUCAUCUCUGAUAUUGCCAACGAUGCGCUGCAGCACUGCAAGAUGAAGGGAACGGCGUCGGGGAGCUCCCGCAAUAAGAGCAAGGACAAGAAGUACACGCUGACCAUGGAGGACCUGACGCCAGCCCUUGCGGAAUACGGCAUCAACGUGAAAAAGCCGCAUUACUUUACGUGAAGACGGAGGGAUUGUUUCUUGGGACUUUUUUUAGGGUUGCUUCUGCGCUAUUAAACCACUGGGUAGUUUUUUUGGUGGAAAGGCA